UUCGACAAGUGUUUUCUCUGCGAGUCCUCAAGGAGAGUGUAGAAUAUCGAAUGGUGAAAAGUGAGAACACAGUAUUUGUUAUUGCAUUUAAAAAGCUGUUUCUAAGAUGUUUGUGAACUAUUUACUGUUGUGCUCGUGGACAUUACAUUUUUGUGUUUGUGCUGCAUUUGAUGAAAUAUGUAUUUCCGAGGAGUGUAAUGAAUGUAGUACAAUGACUAAUGUUUGCUCUCUAUUUGCAACAAUUAGCUCUUGACAGCAAUGGAAGUAAAAGUGAAAAUGUGAAGCCAGUUAUAACAUCGAUAUCACUUGUUAAUGUUACGUUUAUUACAAAUGCAAACAACGAAGAUUUUAGACGUAUGUUAGUGGAACUUAGAGGAAGCGACCUGCAUAGUAGUAUGAUCGUAAGACUUACCUCACAUUUAUCUGAGAGAAGAACUGAAUGUGUGAAUGAAACUGACAGUGAUUUGUUUGGAUAUUCAUUUAAAGAAAAAUGGUUAAAUAGUACUUUUGCGUAUAUGACUUUGACAGUUCCCUGUGCGGUAGAGUUUAGUAAACAUUUGUAUGUGUGUGUGGGAAGUAGAGAUCUAAAGAAUGACGGUGCCUUAAAUUUAUUGAAUAGAACGUUUCGUGGUGAAGUAAUUAAAUGGUUACACCAGGGGGAAAACGUGACAUUAAACGAAGAUUUCAGUGGAAGUGAUUUACAAGUAUCUUCGGACUCCAGCAAUCAUUCUGCACCC